AGAAGUGAUCUCAGGAUUAAAAGAAAAGAAGAACGUGGGAGGUUCAUAUUCUCUGGAUUCAACUAUAAGAAGGUAUAAGUUUCAACGUCGUGGUGGAAUUAGGGAGAUUUAACUUGGAAUAGUUUGUAGGUCGAAAAUGGGGUCAAGAGAAGAGAGGCAUAGAUUUGAUCAUGAUCUUGUGCCAUUAGCAGCACUGAUAAGCAGAGAAUUGUGGAAUGAAAAAAUGGAGAAGCCAACUGUAAGAUAUGGAUGUGCAGCUCAGUCUAAGAAAGGUGAGGAUUAUUAUCUGAUGACGACAGAUUGCCAGAGAGUUCAAGGCAAUCCUUCAUCUACCUUCUCUGUGUUUUCGAUCUUUGAUGGACAUAAUGGGACAGCAGCAGCAGUGUUCUCAAGGGAUCAUUUACUAAAUCAUGUUUUGGGUGCUAUUCCUUGUGGACUCGGAAGGGAUGAGUGGCUUCAUGCUUUGCCUCGUGCACUAGUUGCAGGGUUUGUGAAAACUGACAAGGAGUUCCAGAGUAAAGGACAAACAUCUGGAACUACAGCUACAUUUGUGAUAGUUGAUAGAUGGACUGUGACAGUUGCAUCUGUUGGAGAUUCACGCUGCAUUUUGGAUACUCAGGGUGGUGCUGUUUCAGAAUUAACUGUAGAUCAUAGGCUUGAAGAAAAUGCGGAGGAAAGGGAGCGUGUCACAUCAAGUGGAGGCGAAGUAGGAAGACUUAGUAUUUUUGGUGGUACUGAGAUCGGUCCUCUUCGCUGUUGGCCAGGAGGUUUAUGCCUUUCAAGAUCAAUAGGAGAUAUGGAUGUAGGGGAAUUCAUUGUUCCAAUACCAUUUGUCAAACAAGUGAAACUAUCAACUGUAGGUGGAAGGCUAAUUGUUGCAUCUGAUGGAGUUUGGGAUGCCGUAUCAUCAGACAUGGCUGCCAAGUCUUGUCGUGGCUUGCCUGCUGAGCUUGCUGCUAGGCAAGUUGUGAAGGAAGCUUUGAGGACACGAGGGUUGAAGGAUGACACAACAUGCAUAGUUGUUGACAUAAUACCUCCUGAUAACACUGUACAACCUGCAGCUCCGCCCAAGAAGUAUAACAAGCUCCGAUCUCUUUUCUUCAGAAGAAAGUCGCAUAUAUCUGCUGCUAAACUAUCGAAAAAGCUGUCAGCUGUAGGCAUUGUAGAGGAACUGUUUGAAGAAGGCUCAGCAAUUCUUGCUGAAAGAUUGGGGAGUGAGGAUUCAAAUGGUCCAUCAAUGUCCGGCCUCUUCAUCUGUGCUGUUUGCCAGGUCGACCUUGCUGCAAGUGAAGGCAUAUCAGUACAUGCUGGUUCAAUUUUCUCGACAAGCUCAAAGCCUUGGCAAGGUCCAUUUCUAUGUGCUGACUGUUGUAAUAAGAAGGAUGCCAUGGAAGGAAAACGACCAAGUGGUGUUAAAGUCACUUAACUCGUGCAUCGUUGCCAAGUGUGUCUACAAUUUUGUUAUAGUAAUUCUUUCUGAUAUCUGCCUCAUAUCUUAGUUAAUUAAAAAGGGAUUUAUUGAACAUUGGCAUCAGAGCAUACUAUAUGUCAGCCAAUAAUGUAAAUAGGUUCUAUCAAAUGAAGAAGUGUGAUAGUAGUUAUGAGAUUAAUCUAAAAGAUUAAAUUU